AUGCCUGGAGGGCUCGAGGCAACACCUGUGGGAUUAGUCCAACCUGCGGGAUUGAGGACGGAAGACAUGACGGCCGAUAAAUCGGCAUCAGUAGACACUACGGAAGAAAAUGUAGUAGUUAGUAAAUCUGAGAAAGGAAAAGCUAAGGUCACUUUUGACCUUAAUGGCGGGAAUGAUAGUUCGAGUGACGAACGAUCCGCAGGAACUGGUGACGACCAGACAAGCGCAGAAUGGACAAGUGUCCAACCGAAAUGCGGGAGGAGAAGCUCCUCACGCGAAGUACCUACAGGGGGCUCACGAGCCUCGGAAUUGAACCAGGAACAAGAACACCUGGUAAAGUUAGCAGAAAGCAAACUGACAGGAAGCGAUCGUAAGAGGAUCGAGACCCAAAAGAGGGCUGUCAGUAGAAAUACCUCAAGGGAGAGUAUCUCGUCCCGUGGGGAAGGACCUUCUAACGAUAAAGGGAAGGCUCCUGACCCAAGAAACUGGGGCGAAACCGAGUUUGAUGACGAUGAGGUCGAUGUCAACGCUCAAAGGGCAGCUUUGGAGUCAUUCCGCUUGAUGAAAGGAAUUAGAAGUGGAUGGCAGGGACUGCCUUCAGACACAGAUUCCCCUAAUGAGGCACAGGGAGAUGUUAGUGAGGUAACAGAACCCAGGGAAGAAAACUGGAACGAGAACACUAGUCAAGUACUCACGGAGAGCUCCAGCUAUGUAUCUCGUUUCAAGGCAGAAGCUGCAGUAUGA